AUGGACACAAUCCGCAACACCACAUCGAAAUACCCAUUUAUGCUACCGAGUGGAGAAUCCUUCUCCACGGAAGUGAGUAAACUGGGCAUUACCCCCUCAGAUACGGUGGUGAUCUACGACGCUCCCGAUGUAGGCACGUAUAAUGCGCCGCGCGUGGCGUGGAUGUUUCGCGUUUUUGGACAUGGAUGCGUGCAUGUUUUGAAUAAUUUUCGAGGGUAUUGUACUUUGGGGUUUCCUGUUACUAGGGGUAUAUUCUCUAUACCGUAUUGUGGAGAUGAGGUUCAGUAUGAGAAUCGGAAUCAGGAUCAGAAUCGGAAUGAGAAACAGGGUCAGGAUGAGAAUGAGAAUCGAUAUCCCAUUCCUGAGGUAAAUUCCUCCCUGAUAAUCGACUAUGAGGAAGUCUAUGAUAUUGUAUCCCGCGGGGAUACAAACAUCCAGAUCCUAGACUCUCGAGCAGAGAGACUAUUCUCAGGGAAGGAAGGGUAUUCGGACCCGAAAGUAAACCGGGGACAUAUCCCCGGGUCAAUGAAUAUACCAUUUACAAGAGUGUUAGUUGAUGAGAGCGGUGCGAUUCGCUCUGCUACAGAGUUGAAAACACUGUUUCAACGUGUCGGGGUGUCUAAUACUAAACCGACAAUACUGAGCUGUAACUCCGGAGUGACAGCUGCUGUGCUGGAGAUCGCAUUGAGACAAGCCGGAUAUACGAUGUCGAUGCGGGUGUAUGAUGGGAGUUGGAUGGAGUGGGGUGUCAGAAGUGGUUAUUCUCUAUGUAGUAGGUGA